UUUGUGUGCGGCCCGCACGUGCGGCGGCGGAGGGUCGGCCCGAGCCCGGGGCCCCGCGCGCACCACCCGGCCUCGCGGCCUGGCGGCCGACUCCCCGCCGCUGUCCUUGCGGCCGGGCCGCAAAUUCGGGGCUGCGGUCCGCUCUGGUUCCACCCCCGACGCCGAAGCAACCAGCGGCGCGGUCCUUCGCGUUUCUGACGCCCAGAGGGAGGGCUCGUUCCCAGCGUUCUUAGGAUUUUACUUUUCUCAGUAGUUUCUUCCUUCCUUCCCGGGGCCCCACGACGUCCCCCGUCUCCCCAAAGGCCAGAGCACCGGCGCAGGUGCGCGCAUCGGCUGCGCCCGGGCCUCGGCGGCCGUGCGUGUUCUCAUCGCGGUGGUGUGAGCUCCGCCGCGCUCGAGCGGCCUGGGACCAGGCCUUUGUUAGCCCAGCGCAUCCUAGGCGUUGUGGCCGCCCCGGGUUUCGCUCGGCGAGGCUGAUCAUUGCUUUCACACGCGGGGACGAUCAGGGAGACGCUCCACUCUAUAGGGCCUCCUUUCUAAGCCUAACUUGGUGGCAGAAGACCUGGAAAACUUUGAAAACAAGUUCAGAUUUCCAGGCUUGCCUCCGUCCACUAAAUCGGAAAGCAAGGCAGAGAAGCUCAGAAGGGACCUCUGCUCUUCGACGACCUCCCUCCGGCCAGCAGUACUGACUCAGGUACAGUCUUCAGGCUCUCCCAGGAUCAGGGGGACCUUUGCUUUUUGAUGAUCUCCCACCAGCCAGCAGUGGGGAUUCAGGUAAGUGGGAGGGAAAAGGUUCAAUGUGCCAAUGGAAAUAAUACAUAAAAAUUGUAUCCUUAUGUAAAAUGUAUUAAUAGAUUUUACAGAGCUUAGGAUGACAUGAAACCAGCAUACAGCAUGAGAUUUAUUAAAAUCACAAAAGAAAUAGGCACCAUCGGGUGGAAACAAAAAGAUUAUAUACAGCAUCACUUUUUGGUGAUUAUUGUAUACUUCUUGGGGUUCAACCUCUGCAACUGACUUUAAGAAUUAAGAGCUUAGUCAUUUAAACUUUGUUUUUAACAUUUUAUAAAAAAAAAAAAAGCAGUCCGUCUCUGCCUCUGUUAGUGACAGACUCCAGUGUAUUCAGCAGAAGUCUCUGAAUAUAUGACAUAGUUAAAAUAUUUUUAAUAUCCCUGAACCUAUAAAAACAGAUAGUCUUCUUUUUUAUGGCACCUACAUUAAAAAGAAUUUUGAUCUCAAGAAAAUACAGUCUGAAUGACACUGGUUUAGUAACUAGUACAGACCGUGUGCAGGAGUUUUUUUGGAAUUUCUUGAAACCUUAGUUGGUUAUUUUCAUUCAGUCCUUAUUUUUUCUCAAGAACCUUUAUUGAUUUGAUUUCAUUUUUGCCAAGCCUGUUCACAUUGGUUCUACCUGUUCCCGGAAAUGUUUUUUCCUUUUUACAUCCCAGUUAGGUCAAAGGGGAGAAAAGAGCAGGUUCUGGUCAGUGGUCACAGUGAUGAGUCUCCUCUUCUGUCUCACUGAGGACUUCUCACGUGGAAUCACUCUAAGUGAGGGCAGGACAGGGGGCCACAGGACAAGAGUGAGGGGACAGGGGGCAGGCUGUCUAUUUUCACCUGCAGUUAUCUGCUGGUGUAAAUACCUUCCUUAUGUCGUCAGGUACAACACUUGCUGCUGAUUUUCAAGUCGAUCUUUUGUGUUACUAAUUCAUUACAUAAAAACAAUCAGUGUUAGUCUAGAAUGUAUGGAUUAAGUUAGCAUAGUUCUGUAUUCAGAACAAGUUAUUACAGGCCUCUAAUGUGAGAAUUCUCAGGUUUUCGGGGCUUUACUAAAACACCACAGCAUUCUCUCAUUCACAGUUAAACCUGAAACCUUGCCUAUAAGGACAGCAGUCUUACAAUGAAAGUUAAUGCGUGCAAACAUCAAUUUAACAGGGCUCUUUACAGGUUUAAUAAAAGAAAAUUCAACAUAGCUGUGUCUUAGUUCUUCCCAGGACAAAGGACAAUCAACUAGUAACAACUUAGAAGAUUUUGCACCAUUAUUAACAGGCUUGAUUUUUUCGGAUUUAGAAUCUAACCUUGCAUCCAAUAUAUUGAAUUUCUUGAGAAGACAUAUUCACCGUAUACAAAAUCGACUACAUUCUAGGCCAUAAAGUAAGUCCCACUAAUGAAUUGAUUUCAUAUACAGACCACAUUCUCUGACUACCCCCUCCAAGUCCUCGCCAUGAGAUCCCUGUGCCUGCCGCUCUGACUACAAGUGAUUCAAUUAGGAGUCAGUAACAAAGCUAUAAAAAUGUCUCUGUUUUGCGAGUUAAAAGAGAGGAAGAUCGUUUUACAUACGCACCGGGAAAGCUGGGAUAAACAGUACAUGACAGGAGGCUACUGGAAAGACCUUGGGGGAAAGUAUAUUGGAAACAUCAGUGAAAUUUUCUCAGUUAACGUGCUUUACUAUGUGGGGCAGGGUGUGUGUAAUGUCCUACUGUUGCAGAUAUCUGUCCUUUUGCAAGUAACUGACUCUGCAGGGACAUUUUCUUCCCUUCCUCUGUACUCAGAAAUGUCUGGUGAAGGAUAAUUGAGUAGAUGGUCACAUGCUUUUAUACUGAAAUGCAGAGAAUACUUAGGGCUGCUUACUAUGACAACGGCUGCCAUUUAUUGGGUAUGUGAUGACCCAGGCACUGUGAUAAAUGCUUCUACUUACCUCGUCCCCACCUUCCGAGAUGACAGUGUUCUCCCUGUGUUACGGGUCGAGAAACCGAGGCGGGGAGGUCAAGUCACUUGCCUUAAUUUGAGACUAGACUUUUCUCCUUCCAAAACGCACGCACCCUGCAGGCGCUCUUAGCUUUUUGGCUUGAGUACAGACUCAUCCCUCUGCAAGUGUGAAUGGCUUCAGCGGUCCUGUUUGGCCUUUCGCAAUACAUGGUUCUUAAAACCUGACAUUUACCUCACUGUAACCCCCUCGGGGCACUUGAUGCUUUCUUGACUUGUUCAGGACGUGUCACUUUGCAGAUUUUGGAAACUUCCCUAUUAAUAAGGGCCUGUGGGUAUGGAGCCUCGUGUGUGUCACAGCCCCAAAAUGUGGGCUGUUUUUACCACUGACGACCCUCCUUGCAGAUCCUCUCACAGUUGGCCUGAGCAGGACCUGGAUCUUGACCUGUGGUCCCUCCUGGUGGGCACCCGGCCCACUGCCCACCCCUCCAAGUCCUCGCCAUGAGAUCCCUGUGCCUGCCGCUCUCCCAGUGCUCGCGCCGCACGUCAUUUCGUCUUGGGGCUGGGGUGGAGCCUGGUCGGCUGGGAACUUUGACAGUCUGUAGCUGUGUCUGUCUGGCUUCUCCUCGUGUCCAGGUUCUCUUGACGCUUCGAUGUCCCAGACGGUAAAGAACGAAGGGAAAGGAGCAAAGAGAAGAGCCCCUGAAGAAGAGAACGGCAGCGAAGAGCUUGUGGAAAAGAAAGUUUGUAAAGCCUCCUCGGUGAUCUUUGGUCUAAAAGGCUACGUGGCUGAGCGGAAGGGCGAGCGGGAGGAGAUGCAGGACGCCCACGUCAUCCUGAACGACAUCACUGAGGAGUGCAGGCCCCCAUCGUCCCUCAUUACCCGGGUUUCAUAUUUUGCUGUUUUUGAUGGACACGGAGGAAUUCGAGCCUCAAAAUUUGCUGCACAGAACUUGCAUCAGAACUUGAUCAGGAAAUUUCCUAAAGGAGAUGUAAUCAGCGUAGAGAAAACCGUGAAGAGAUGCCUUUUGGACACUUUUAAGCAUACUGAUGAAGAGUUCCUUAAACAAGCUUCAAGCCAGAAGCCUGCCUGGAAAGAUGGCUCCACUGCCACGUGUGUCCUGGCCGUGGACAACAUCCUGUACAUCGCCAACCUCGGAGACAGUCGGGCAAUCCUGUGUCGGUUUAAUGAGGAGAGUCAGAAGCACGCGGCCUUAAGCCUCAGCAAGGAGCACAACCCCACCCAGUAUGAGGAGCGGAUGAGAAUACAGAAGGCUGGCGGGAACGUCAGGGACGGACGUGUCUUGGGUGUGCUGGAGGUGUCACGCUCCAUCGGGGACGGGCAGUACAAGCGCUGCGGGGUCACCUCUGUGCCAGACAUCAGACGCUGCCAGCUGACCCCCAACGACAGGUUCAUUUUGCUGGCCUGUGACGGCCUCUUCAAGGUCUUUACCCCGGAAGAAGCUGUCAACUUCAUCUUGUCCUGCCUGGAGGAUGAGAAGAUCCAGAGCCGAGAAGGGAAGCCCACAGUGGACGCGCGCUACGAAGCAGCCUGCAACAGGCUGGCCAACAAGGCGGUGCAGCGGGGCUCGGCGGACAACGUCACGGUGAUGGUGGUGCGGAUAGGGCAGUGAGGGCGCGGCGAGGCCAGGGGCGCGGCAUGUGCUGACUUCAGAGGUUCAUUGUGUGUGUGUGUGUGCGCACAUUACGUGUGUUUCGUGUACUCCUGUGGGACUCCCAUGGUUGUAAAUAAAGGUUUCUUUUUUUUUUCUA